AUGUUUAAUAUUAAUAGAGCUUUAUAGUUUGAAGCAUUUCAAAUUUCUGCUAUAAAUAGCAGAAAAGCUGCAAAACCAACUCAAACUGAAUUAGAUUCUAUUCUACUCUUUGAAUAAUUUGUUAUAAAAACCUCUUAUCUCAAUUUUAAAAAGAAUUAUUUAUCAAAAAUAAAGUUUUUUAAAUCAGAACAAGUUAUUAGAAAGAUCUUAAAUUUUUAGAACCAGGUAAAUCAAAAGACAAUACUUCAAUUCAAUCUAUAAUUAAGUUCACUCAAUAAAUUGUUGAAAUAUUAUAUUCACAAUUAAUACCUGAAUGUUAUUAUGAAGUUUCUAGACCUUGCUUAUAAAUUUUGAAGAUGAAUUAUUAAUUUUUUAGUACUCCUGAAACACUAGAACCAAAAAAGGAGAAAUUUAUCAGAAAAAAUAAUUUUUAUUUAAUUAUUGUUUAGAACAAGCAUAAGGAAACACUAAAGUUGGAUAACUAAUUACUUAAUGAAGAAGUAAUUGGGAAUCAUCUAGAACUUUAGCUUAGGAAAUUUUACUUUUACUUCCGAAUGAAAUUAAUUCUUUCGUGA